AUGACCGCAACAGCGCUCUGCCAGGUGGCGCUGGGCGGCGGGCCAACACCGCGGGCAUACCACAGCACGACGCGAGUGGGAUCCGCGCUCUUCGUGUUUGGAGGACAGACGUACAUGCACACGUCCGGAGGCGCAGAGUCUGUGCUCGGCGACCUUCCCAUCUUUGACUUGGUCCGCAUGGCGUGGGAGACGAGGGACUCGCGCGGCAACCCGCCCCGACCGCGGUACUGGCACACCGCGACGCUGGUGGGCGGGAGCAUCGUCAUCGCCGGUGGCUACACCGGCACACGCUCACUCAGCGACGUGCAUCUCCUCGACACGGAGGCCAUGGCGUGGUCCUCGCCACCGCUUUCGUCGCCGCUGCCGCCACUCGCCUGUCACUCCGCAACGCUGGUCGGUGGCCGGUUGUACCUCUUUGGCGGCAUGGCGGUCACCCUCGACGACGCGGGCGCGUCGUGCGUCGAGCAGCCACGGUCACGCGCUUCACGUGUCGAGUACCACGAGGACGUCCAUUCGAUCGAUUGCGGCGAGAUGUCGGAGGCUGGAACGGCGCUCCGCGGUCGGCAUGGAAACCCGUCCUCGUCCGUCUGCGCGCAAUGCCCCGAGGCGCGCGUCGUAGGCGCGCCACGCCCGCUCGACGAGGUCUCUACUCUCGACCUCGAGGGGCUCGGCACGUGGCACUCGGUGCAGGUUCCCGGCGAGGCGCCGGCUCCCGUCUAUGGCCACUCGGCCACCCUCGUCGGCUCAAAGGUGGUGGUCUUUGGCGGGUGGGAUGGCUCGUCGCCGCUCAACUCGGCGCACGUGCUGGAUACAACGCUCCUCGAGCACCGAUCCGCAGCCCGGGGCCACGCGGCCGGGCACCAAGCCUUCGAUGGCGGCCUCGCCCGCCAUCGACCCGGGAGAGUCGCUCUCUUCAAGCGUGCACGCAUUGCCGACAAGUUUUACCGCAAGUGCGAAGGGAAGCUCGAGGACCUGGGCGUGGGCGAUGCUGGCGACCUCCUCACGGUGGUCGCUGUGAAGGGCAUUGCCUCGCUCGGACUCCACGAGCUUCAGGCGGAGAAGCUCCGCCGGACUCUUCUCGGCCGACGGGGCUGGGAGGACGCAGCUGCUGUUGCGGCAUCCUUUGGCGGCCUGUCGCUGGACGACACCCCUGCUGGGGUGGCGGCUGGCGACCAGGCGGCUAGUGGCGCGGCCAGCGCGCCCGCUCUCGACGGCAUGGCCGUCGAUGGCGGCUACGCGAGCGCCGACGAGGAUGCCGGGCCUGCCUCAGGCGCGGAAACGAAUCUGCGUGUUGGUUGGGUCGCAAAAAACAAGAAAAAUUGGUUUCAAGGCACCGUCCGACGCCCAAUCGAGCGUGGACUGCCGAAGUCCAAGAAGGAGCGAGCGGCCAGCGACGGCGGCGGGCCGUACCAGCAGCUGAUCGAUGGCGAAGGCGAUAGCCCGUACCUGCCUCGGAUGACCAAGGGCCUCCUGGCGGCACUGCUGACGACAAACACUUGCUGCACAGCCUUUUUGGGCAUGAUCCUUGUUGUGCUGUACCAGCAUUCGUACGCAAGCGGUGUCGGUGAGGGCGUCAUGCACACGAUGACGGCCGAUGGGCUCACUGAGGCGGAGACUGAAGAGGGCGAGAUCGUAACGGAGGAUCACAUCGGUUUCAGCAACCCCUUCGCCCCCACCUUCUUCGACUUCGAGUGCCUGCUUGCCAACGGCACGGGCGAUCCGUGCGACGCGUACGUGGCCGAGGCCUUCGCAGACCAAAUGUUCGUUCCUCUGCGCACCGACACGCUGGCGGGGCUCUGGCUCUCCACGAUCUUCCUCUACUCGCUGGCUCAGAUUGGUGGCAUCCCGCGGCCACGGUUUGUUGACCGCAGGAUCGACUGGCCCGGGGUCGUCUUCUGGCUCUCUUGGAUGUUGACGCAGCUGUGCCAGUUCUUCGUGGUCGGCCUUUCCCUGGCUAUGCAGGUUGUCGCCUUCUUCGGCGUGCACGAGCGCACCGGGCCUUGCAUGGUCAGGGUCGACAACUUUACGCUGCUGGACGAGUACGCGACGGUCACGUUUGCGGCGCAGCCAGCGCUCCUUAGCAAGCUGCUGCUUCUUGUUGUGUACGGGUACCUACUGUCGCUCGGCGGGCUUGUGUUCAUUGGGCGCAACGUGAACGAGGUUGAGUUUAAGAUCGAGGCCAGCAAGACCAACACGAGCCUCGUGCAGCCGAUCCCGCUUGCGAGCGUGCUCUACUUCAUCUCUCGGUGGGCGCUGUACGGCAUCUGCCUGGGGACCGUCGGCGGGUGGCUUAGCUGGGUGGACACCUCAUGGGCGGCCGCGCUGGUUGCGGCAGCUGUGGGCUCGCUCACGGGAGGAUUCAGGCGAGGAAAAGACUGGCCGUCUUGCGCAACAAUCGCCAAGUGCGCCCUUGGCGUUCUCCUCGCCCUGCCGAUCCUGCCAAAUCUUGUCUACCUACCAUUGGGCGGGCUGUUCGUUGCGUUUGUCAAGCUAAGCUUUGCCGCCGGGCGGACGUCACUCGAUCUUAUUGAGUCAACAGCUACGUCGGAGUGGCGUUGCUGCCAACGGCUCGAGGCGCUGACCAAGGCCGCGGCCGCUGCCACCAAGCCGGCCAUCAGCUGGCUCGCCCCGCUCGGAAGCCUCGAGCUGUCCAGCGGCAUGUCAAUGGUGGUGCAAGGGCUGGCGUACACCGAGACCAGCCUCUCAACGCUGGCGGGUGGACUGGCUUGCGUGCUGGGCUGCCUCGCGCUCUCCCCACUGGUUGCAUACGGCACGUGGGCGGCGGAGCAAGGACGGCUCGAGCCCGAUUACGAUGUCGAGGACAGCGCGGUGGAUGCGGUGCAGGCACGGCUCUGGAUGCUGUGGCUCCUGGUGGCCACACACGGGGUGCUUUUGGCUGUGGAUAACUUCCUUAUGGAGGGCGAGCUCCUCCUCGACAGGUGCCGUGAUCGCGGCAUCUAUCUCUCGCUCACAAGUGACUCACGUCUCAAUGUGUUCCUCACCGUCUACGCCAUCCCCUUCCUCCUCGCGCUCGGCUUCGCCAUCUUCUUCACCUCGCAGGACAACUCGUACAUCGAGCGCAUCUUCCGGCACGCACAGGUUGUAUACGGCGACUCCUUUGCGUUCCUCGCCACGUUGCAGCUCGACGUGUCGGGUCUGCAGCCCUUUAUCGACAGCGUGGUGGCGGACAUGGCCGCCUUCAUGGGCGACCCCUUGGGGGAAGCGCAAAGGGUCGCCGACCGUCUGGCCGAGAUCGUAGCGGAUCCGCUGGCGCCCGUUAUGGAGGUGGUCGAGGUGCUUGCCAACAUGUCGCGCUAUCUGGAGAUCGACCCGUCCUACUUUGUUGAACACUCGGCGGCGCUCGACGUUCUGAACGUAGCCUUGGGGCUGCUCAAGCUGCUGGCCACCUACGGACGCAAGGCGUUUGCGCUCUACGAUGUGGUGCUGAGGCUAUUUCGCGGAGAGAAUGAGGAGGGAAACGAGGAGGACGACGGGGUGGUGCAGGUGCACGAGUGCGUGGCGGAUCCAAACAAGGCGCAGCUCGAGGCCGACAUCGAGCUGCUCUGCCAACGAGGUGUUUACUCGGAGGAUAAGACUUCGUGGGACUUGAAGAACGCGCAGCUUGCUGCUGGGGAUGUGGCGACAAUUGCUCUCUGGCUGAAGGACAAUAGGGUGCUGACCACCCUCAACCUCCGCUACAACGGCAUCGGCAACGAGGGCGCCGCCGCCCUCGGCGAGGCGCUGCGGGGCAACGCGGUGAUGACCGACCUUGUGCUCAUGGGCAACAACAUCGGCGACGAGGGCGCCGCUGCGCUGGCCUCCGCUCUUCGCGUCAACGGGGUCCUGACCUGCCUCGUGCUCUGGGAAAACAACAUCGGCGACGAGGGCGCCAAGGCGCUAGCAGUCGCUCUUCGCGUCAACGAGGUGCUGACCAAGCUGUACCUCGACGGCCACGAGCUUGACCUGCCAAAGCUGCGCGGCACCGACCCGGUGACAUCCCUCCACCUCUCGCGCAAAAGCCUCGGCUCCGCCUCGGCCAUCGUGAUUGCGUCGCUGAUUGCCGGCAACGCGGUGCUGACCAACCUCAAUCUCAAAGGCAACCAGCUGUGCGGCAUCGACACCUAUUGUGAGGGUACCUACUCGGCCGCCGGUAUCACAGCGCUUGCGGAGGCCCUCAAAUUCAAUGGGGUGCUGACCAAGCUCGACCUCGCCAGCAACAGCAUCGGCGCCGACGGCGCCGAGGCGCUGGCCUCAGCUCUGCGCGUCAACGGGGUGCUGACCGAUUUGCGCCUCAACAACAACAAUAUCCGCGACGAGGGCGCGAAGGCGAUCGCCGAGGCGCUGCGCGGCAACGAAGUGCUGACCGACCUGAACCUGUCGGGCAACAACAUCGGCGGCGGGACCGGCUGGAUCAAGGCGAGCGAGGUCGAGGGCGAGUCGAAAGAGGUCGGGUCUAAGGUGAUUUACCAGGGGCGCGAGAUGGUCGUGAGCGUGGGGGUGGACUCCGACGGCGAGCUGAAGCUGGUCGAUGUAGUGCAGACGGGCGUACUUGCGAUCGCCAAGGCCCUCGAAGUCAACGAGGUGCUGAAAAGCAUCGACCUCAGCGACAACAACUUGGGCGAUGAGGGGGAGAAAGCGAUUCAUGAUGCGGUGAGGGGGCGGGAAGGGUUCGAGCUCGAGAUGUGA